AUGAAUGUUGUUCAUUCAGCUACUGGGAGGAGUCCCGCGAAUCUUUUUAAAUCUCGCUCGUUUGUGCCAAAAUGGCGGAUGUUACGUUUUUCACGGGUAAUGAUUUACGGCCUGCUCCACGCAUUACUGUGUACAAUUCGUCAGUGGCUCGGUGCACUGCUUGAUUGUUGGUCUGUUCGCCGAACUUGGCAGCUGUAUUGCAAAGUUUUCAUCACCAAUCGAGGUGACGUCGUUAGUGACUCCGAAAUGACCAACAACCAAGUCACUGUCUGCCGUGCUGUUGCGGACGAACAUGAGUUUAUCUGCAAUGAAGGCAUACUAGAUGAUGUUAUUGGACAACUAUUCAAGGAAAUGUCCUCCCCAGUCUCACACUCGAGUGAGAGAAGUGAUUAUGUUACUAAUAUGCUUGUGAGGGAAGCCUUUCGACUUACGUUACCGCCACAGCACCGCACAUCGGGUUUUUGUCGAGCAUUUACGGACAACUGA